CGCGUUGACGUCACGUCCCCCGGGUUCAGGCGGGCUGCUUGAAAACACGUCGAGCUGUUUUCUUCAGUUUCUCGUUUGUGUCGCUAAAACUAACAUUAAUUAACGUGUUAGUUAGUUACAUUAAUUCCCUGAAUGAUCGUAUACAUUUGUAAUGAUCGACAGUCAUAGCUAGAUUAACAUUUAACGGCCAGGAAACGUUAUUUAACUUUAUCGUAACUGUUAGCUGGAUAAAUCAACAAUGGACCGACCGCCACGGAAGACAAAGGUUGUGAAUUACUGUGAAGCCAAGGACUUUGACGACGAUGAUGAGGAUUUUGCCUGCGUGAAGGCUCCACCCAGCAAAAAAGCCAGAGAGGACGUGAAACAGGAGCACAAGAAAUCAUCGAGCAAGUCCUCCAGUCAAGAGUCCAACUCACAAUCAAGCCAGAAGAGAGAGAGAAGACCCUUGGAUGAGAGGCUGCAUGAAAGAGAUCUAGAAGCAGCCAUCACACUAUCCUUGCUCAAUAAUGCAGACGGUGUAAAGGACCUAUCUCCCACCAGUAAAGGUGAUGUGAAGGUUCAAAUUCUGCCGGAUGAAAACACAGAUCCAGCUUCUGUGCACCUGUCCAACUGCAGCGUGGACAGUGCAGUUUUCGGUCUGGAUGAAAUCACAUCAGAAAAGGACUCACUUGCUUCCUCUAGACAGAGAAACGCUGCUGCUAAAGCCACAGAAGAACCAAGGAGGAAGCGUACAGAUCAAGAUGAAGAUUAUAAGCCCAAACUGACACCAGAUUCAGAAAGCGAUGAAGAUUUCAGUGAACCAGCUGAGAGCGAAGACGAGGAAUUCACAGUGAAGAAAGUCAGCAAAACGAAGAAGAAGGAUAAAGUAACCAAGAGUGUGAAGCCCAAACAGCCUCCCGUCUCUAAUAAAGACAAGCCAGCGUCAAAACCAUCAAAGCCCAAAUCACAAGCAGCAGCAGCGACCACGCCAGUGAGAAGUCCUCCAACAGCCAAACUCGCACCAAAGAGACCUGCUUCUUCCUCCACGGUUUCCACAUCGAAGCCUACGUUCACUCCCAGCCCAGCAGGGGGCAAAAUACCAAAGUGGACCCCGCCAGGUCAAAUUGGUAGAAGUCCCGGUUCAACCCAGAGUCCAGCAGUUAAGUCCAGUCCAGGUCAGGGUCUGCGGCUUGGACUGUCCCGUCUGGUUCGAGUCAAACCUCUUCACCCGAGCGUUGCGAUUCACUGAGUCAUUUUACCUUCAACACCUAUUUUAAAAUCCUCCUCAUGAGAGUUCAUGCCUCACAUUCAGAAAGAACUGUCUUACUUACUUUUCUUUUUUUUUUUUAAACUAGUCUCAUAUUGUUCUCCCAUUUCUUUCUAUUACGUGUCAACACUGUAUAUUAUGUACAUAUAAAUAUAUAAAAUAAAAUUUCAAAUCAGU